AAUUGAUUAUGGAUGGAAAUCAAGGAAUAAGAUCAGUGAUAUCUGGAAUACUAAUUACAACAAUCCUGUGCAUGUGUCCUGAUAUUUUGGGGUUUAUAAUGAAUAUUAAGUAACCACAAGGAACAAAUUGAACCACAACCAUUCAUUCAUUCAUAGCUAACCAAUUUGGUGGAGAUGGGUUCACUGGCACCAUAUUCAAUUGGGACAUGUCUUCCUUACCUGCAACCCCAAAAAUGCAACUAUUCAGCACCACUUAGUUACACGAUACGUGCUGUCCAAGUCCAACAACAAGUAGAUGAGAGGCAGUUGAAGAGAAGAGAUGCAUUAGGCCUUGCCUUUAGUACUGGCCUUGUUCAUGGUUUGUGGCAAACAGGAGUUGCAUCAGCAGCUGAAAUUCCAUGUGAAUUUCAAGUAGCUCCUUCAGGUCUUGCCUUUUGUGAUAAACUUGUUGGAACUGGUCCUCAGGCUGUUAAGGGACAGCUUAUUAAGGCUCAUUAUGUGGGGAGAUUGGAGAAUGGGAAAGUUUUCGACAGCAGCUACAAUCGUGGCAAGCCACUUACGUUUCGCGUCGGUGUUGGAGAGGUGAUCAAAGGAUGGGAUGAAGGCAUUUUAGGAGGUGAUGGAGUUCCCCCCAUGCUUGCAGGAGGGAAACGUACACUGAAGCUUCCUCCAGAACUUGGAUAUGGCUCAAGAGGGGCUGGUUGUAGAGGAGGUUCAUGUGUCAUUCCUCCUGACUCAGUACUCUUGUUCGAUGUAGAGUUCGUUAGCAAAGCAUGAUUUACAAAGCCCUGGGGUUUUGAAGAUUGGAGCUUAGAUAUACAGUUUUUCACUUUUGAUUUACAUUUUUGAUGGCUAUGAUAUUACAUUUCAUGCAAAGUGGAAAUAAUUUAAGUAUUCUAUCGCAUCACUUGGGUUCUCAUAGAGUAGAAAUUUUAAAGUAAAACU